AUGGCGACAGUACGAGUACUUCGAAACUUUAUCAACCCCGUAUCAGCCAUUGGAAUUUUCAAGCAGGGACUGGAGGGAGGUCUUUCCAAGGAGCAGCAGCCCCUAGAGGCCCCCAAGCCCGCGUGUCUGCCCGAAGGAUACUCCGAAAUCAUGGACACAGCAGUCUACCGAAUUGCACCCAAGAAAAAGAGCUCCAAGGGACCUGCUCCUCUGGUUUUUUUCAUUCCUGGCAACCCCGGAAUCUCCGAAUACUACACCGUGUUUUUGCAACACCUGGCUGAAAUGUACCCCACAUACGAGUUUGUGUGUCCCAGCUACAGAGGAUAUUCGACUUUCAACCCGGCGUCGUUCAAGGAGGACCUGUACAGUCUCCAGGACCAGAUUGACAACAAGGUCAAGAUUCUGAGACAUGUGGUGGCCGAGAGCAAGUGCGAGACAUGUACUUUUGAUGGCUACGAGUCCGACGACACUCUGGCCGAUUCUUUCGCUACCCCACCUUCCUCCAGAAGGUCUUCUAUCGACUCUCUGGAUUCCAUGGACUCCAUGGGUUCCAUUUCCUCUGGCGAGACUCUUCUGGGCUCCAUCUCUGAAAGUGAGACUGAAGGACGCCCGGUGAUUCUAAUGGGCCAUUCUCUGGGAGGCUGGUUGGUUCAGCGAGUGGCUGUGGCUGUUGCCAACGAUCCCCAGAUCGAUCUGCAGCUCGUGUGUCUCAUGACCCCGACUCUCAAGGAACUGGCCAAGAGCUCCACUGGUCAGAAGCUCAAGACUCUAGCCAAGCAGUACCCUGUGCCUGGCGGAGUUCUGGCUCGAGGCCUGCAGGUGGCCCAGAAGGUGUCUCCUCUGUGGACUCGGGUGGAGCAGCAAUUUCUCAGCGACGCUCUUCCUCCUCAUAUUGUGCAGGCUACCCGGGGAUUUGUUUCCCAGCCCUCGAUCAUCCGUCAAUGGAUCGAGAUGGGCAAGGAGGAGCUGGUGGCCAUUGGAACCGACUGCAAUGAUGUGGUUGAUUUUUGGCACAACAACGGAAAAUUCAAGAUCUGGGGCUUCUUUGCCCACCAGGAUCAGUUUGUCGACGACGAGACUCGACAGGAUAUCUUCAACGAGUGGGGACACUUGAACCACGUCACCUUUGACGUGGGAGCGGAGGAAAUCAUCCAUGGCUUUUGCAUCCACCACAACCAGGAGGUGGCCCAACUAACCAAGCAGCAGUUUGAUCAGCUGCCUUUGCAUUUUUAG